UCUCUACUCUGCUCUGGGAACGCCUAGCAUAUAUAUAAUCAAAUGUUGCCUCAUUCUGGUCCAUAGACUUUUGGAGGGGAAGGACUUGAGAGCUAAGAUUCUGUGAUCCAGAGCUCAGCUCUCGACUUGGUCUCCUGGAAGAGAAGACGGGUGAUUCUAUGCUUGUUUUUCCAGGAUAUUGCAUUGGAAAUUGAGUUUGGGAUCUGUUGGUGGAAGGAAAACUCUGUGAGCAGAGUCACAUUUAUCUGUUCUCUGGAGUUUGGGAAACUUUGCUUGAUAUCAGGAGGUCUGAGGACUGGAAGGAGGCCUACUCAAUUGGAAUCUUUCUCUAUAAGACAAAACAAUAUACAAUCUGCAACAUGCCCUCUAUGUUUGAGAGAACUAGCAAGAAUAUCACCAAAGAGAUUGGAGACAAAGAUCUGAGGCCUGCCAAAAACUUGUUGAGUGCCACCAGAAUACAUCAUUUUUCUUUAUUACUGAAGAGGAAGACUCACUCACAGUUCUGGGAACAACCUGAAGUUCCAACUGAAGUCUCCCUCAUGGACAUCCUCGAACCAAGUUCUUCAGUCCCAGAAACUGUCAAGACAGGACGGUUCCUCAUCACUGACACUGCGGUCAAGAAGUGGAAGGCUCGUGUGAGUGUGAAUGCUGGAGUAGAAGCGGGCUUGUUGCCGGAAGCUGCUGAGUUCUAUGGAUCCUCCCUCCAGUAUCGGAUUGCUACCAUCCCAUUCCAUCCCUGGACAGACCUUCAAAAGAGGAAAUUGUUGGAUCCAGAGCCAUUAUUUCUGAAGCAGUGCCGGAAAACAGCUGUGAACUUAUAUGUUGUGACAGAGAUAGUGGAACUGCUCAACAGUCCUGUGUUGUAUGAAACCAGAAGUGGGAACAUUUUGGGAAAAUUUUCCUUCACUUGGAAUAUGUUUGUUAAGGGUAAAGGAGCGGGAGAGCGUCUCAAAGUGAGAGAGAAGAAGCUGACUCUGCAGAAGGGCAUGGUGAUGGCCUAUAAGAGGAAACAGCUGGUUUUCAAGGAGAAUGGCUGGGACAUUCUUCUCAUCUCAGAUGAUGACAAGCGGAACACAUUUCAGAAGACUCACUCUUGGGCGGGGAAUUUUGUUUCUCUUCUAGUCACAGUAGAGCUUUCUUGCACCCCCAAAGCUGGUGAGUGUGUGUUUGCUGGAGGCUGGGAUGGAUCCUUCCUGCACACAUCUGGAGAGAUUCCUCACAGCCUACAAAGAACAGGAAUAGAGACACCCUUUGGUCAAGAGUUCAAGCACCUACAAGAGGAGGUUUCCCAGCAAAUGGAGGCAUUGGCCCAGCUCUCAACGGACGUCCAGGAUGCUAUAUUCCAUAAUAUCCUGGCCAUGCUCGGGGACAGAGGGGCCCUGCAGGACCUCAUGGACAUGCUUGAACAGGAACACUUGGGUCAUUUGAAUGGCCCUGGAGGCACCAUCCUAAAUGAACUGCGAAAGGACUCAAGAUAUCAGUGGGUUAAACCAAAGUACCCCAUCCUUUACCUGCUUGAGGCCAUAAUGGUACUGAGUGACAUCUAACAUGAUCUGCUGGCCCAGUCCAAGGAGAAGAGGAUCCUGUUCCAUCAGUGGGAGCUGGUGAGGAGCAUCCUGGAGCCCAACUUCAGCUACUCCUGGAACAUUCCCUUCAUCAUCAAGCGCAACCUCCUUGCCCCACUCCAGGGGGAGGGUUUGGCCAUCACCUAUGGCCUGCUGGAAGAGUGUGGCCUGAAGAUGCAGCUGGAUAGCCCCAGGUCAACCUGGGAUCUGGAAGCCAAGAAGCCCCUGUCUGCCCUGUAUGGGAUCCUCUCGAUGCUGCAGCAGCUGGCGGAGGCCUGAGGCUUCCCUGGUGGGUGGUCAGUCCAGAGAGGCCUGGCCCCCGCCCCCAGUCUAUGCUGUGAGUGUCCUCGAUGGGCUCAGGGGACCCAGGGUCACGCCUCUCUGCCUUUCCCGGUGGGAUAGAGACAGGGAUGGACGGAGACUGGAGGGAAAGUCCUGGGGUGAUGGAAAUCUCUCUGUCUAGAUAAAGGUUUAUGCAUUUGUCAAAACUCCUCCAAUAGUGUGCUGAAGAAUCGAGCAUUUCUCUGUAAAUUUUACUUCAAAACAAUGUAGACAAAUACUGAACUCUAGUUAAUAGUAUGCAUUCUGAAUUGUUUUGGGUGAAGUGCGCUGAUGUCAGUAAUUUACUUCAAAGUGCACCAAAAAAUAAGGUGGAUUGAUGAUAGAAAGACAUAUAUGUGACCAAGGAAAUGUGGUAAAAUGUUAAUAAUUAGGGAAUAUGGGUGUAGGAUAUAUGAGAGUUCUUUUUUAUUCCUGAAACACUUUGUAAGCCUGAAAUUGUUUCAAAUAAAAAAUCACCCCCCUCA